AUGCCAAAAAAGCACAGGACAUCGCUAUAUACAAAACCAACCAACACACCACAUCACACGCUCGCUUCGUCGAGAGCGAAUGACAAUGGUCGGUUUCAAGUUGUCAGUCCCACGAGGGGUCCGCAGGCUUCUACGGACGACUCAUCCGUCAACGGCCUGAUUGAUCAUUUGCGGCGUACGCAAGGAAAUGUCUCAGGAACCUCUUCUUCCGCCUCUUCUCGUUCCUUCACAUCGCAAAGAUCUGUUCCACCAGCUUUGCGCGAAAUCCUCGAACUUCCUGAACCUUCACAACCGCGCCCUCGACCUAACGCACGUACUCUGAUCGGUGUACGCCCGCUACGUAGGGUUCCAGGUCCCCCACCACCAACAAGCUGGCUCACGGGAGACACCGAUGGAUCUCAAGGUUCUUCAACAAAUGCCGGGUCCGAUAGCAUGUCCGAACAUGAACAAAUUCACCGUCUAGAAAGGCUACCUGGCGCUGUCUUCCCCAGACAAGACAGUCUCCAGCAUUUUGUCAUGGUUUCAAUGGCCCGGAAUUGGGCAUGGCACGUGGACUAUGAUGGUCUGUACUUAUCUCAGCUGCCUAGGCACAUCAAGACGGCCCUUCUCAGCUACGUCGCUCAGCUCAGCCAGGAAGAGCCGCUGGCACCGUACACGAAUGGACUAACUGCACUUUACCCGACAAGGGCAGAAUAUGCCAAAACUCAUAGCGCGGAGUUAGAAGACGAUGUUCUUGACACUGCCAAUACAAAUACUGCGGCUGAACGGCUUGACCUGAGCAAUGCUCUAGGUCGCUGGUUAUCGUUCAAGAAGCUGGAUAAAAUAUUGCAAGUUUCCCACCCAGCAGACCUUUCGUCUGGGGAUGCAACCGAGGGAAAUGUACCAGAUUCAUGGGAUAGCACCGAAUAUGAGACAGACAAAAGUGAUAUUCCUCGCUCUCUGGGCCAACAACUGCGCUUUGACAAUCUCAAAUACCUCUCUUUUGCGCAUCCGCACAACUUUUCGGCUAACUGGCCGGAACUCGUGACCUUACUCUCUGACUUACCAACAAUCACCCACCUCUCUUUGGCCUACUGGCCCUGUCCAAGCAAUCAUUCCCCCUCCCAGGCGCCCUCCCUAGUGCACUCUCUAGCAGACCGCAACAGCCCAUCAUCAUACGAAGCAGCAGGAAUCCUACGCCGACUCUCUCGCAGCACUUUCUGCCUCAAAUGGCUAGACUUGGAAGGAUGCUCUGACUGGCUCCAUCUACUACCCUUGUGGACAGAAUAUCCCGAAGGCCUCAACGAAGCCCCUGUGGACUACGGCCCUGAGUGGAACACCUCCUGGCGAAACGUGGUUUCGCUCAACUUUGCACCUGGCUGGAAUGUCAAGGUUCCAGAUGCGCUCGAGGAUCAUAUUCCAGGAUCAACAGUCUCGUCUAUUCUUGAGCCCGUCUUGCGUGAAUAUCGGCGGGAUGUCAACCACUAUGGGGCUAACGUAUUCAGGGCCAUGUCUGUAUAUCACUCCAUCCGCGCGUAUCGAGCAAAUGACCGCGGGAAGGCAAUACAGGCUGAGACUGGCAAGGAAGAGCUGGAUCGGAUGCAGGCCAUUCUCAAGGGCAUGCGUAGCCCUCCGGGGUAG